GUGGCCACUAGGGUGCAGAAAUGUGCUAGAAAACCAGGUCAGAUGCGGCUCAAAAUGUGUCACAUCCUGGCGGAGCAGCAUUGAGGGAACAAAGGAGCUGGGGAACCAAAUGAUGGGGAUAGCCUGAUAUCCUCAAUCCUACAAACAAGAUGUCAAAGCGGCCACCCUAUGCCCCAGCCCCCACCCCAGCCCCCACAACACAAAUGCCCACCACCCCUGGGUUUGUGGGGUACAACCCAUACAGCCAUCUGGCCUACAACAACUACAGGCUGGGAGGGAACCCCGGCGGGAACAACAGGGUAAUGAACUCCUCAGGGAUCACCGUUCCUAAGCCGCCCAAACCGCCCGACAAGCCGCUGAUGCCCUACAUGCGGUAUAGCCGGAAGGUAAGCAGGAAGGUUUGGGACCAAGUUAAAGCCUCUAAUCCUGACCUGAAGCUAUGGGAGAUUGGGAAGAUCAUCGGUGGCAUGUGGAGGGACCUCACUGAUGAGGAAAAACAGGACUAUUUAAACGAAUACGAAGCAGAGAAGAUCGAGUAUAAUGACUCUCUGAAGGCCUACCACAACUCUCCAGCCUACCUGGCGUACGUUAACGCUAAGAACCGUGCGGAGGCUGCUCUAGAAGAAGAGAGCCGGCAGAGACAGUCGCGCCUAGACAAGGGCGAGCCCUAUAUGAGCAUCCAACCUGCUGAGGACCCUGAUGACUAUGACGACGGGUUCUCCAUGAAGCAUAUAGCGGCAGCUCGUUUCCAGAGGAAUCACCGGCUCAUCAGCGACAUCCUGAGCGAGGUUGUGGUGCCUGAUGUUCGCUCAGUGGUGACCACUGCCCGCAUGCAGGUCCUCAAACGCCAAGUCCAGUCCCUCAUGGUGCACCAGAGGAAACUUGAAGCAGAGCUGCUUCAAAUAGAGGACCGACACCAGGAGAAGAAGAGGAGGUUCCUGGAGAGCACAGACUCUUUCAAUAACGAGCUCAAGCGGCUGUGCAGUCUGAAAGUGGAGGUGGACAUGGAGAAGCUGGCAGCCGACAUGGCUGCUGCAGAGGAGGCGGCUCGCCGGAGGGCGGAGGAGAGAGAGCGGGAAGCAGCAGAGCAGGUGGAAAGAGCUGCUCAAGAAGAGCAACAGCCUGCCGCCGGCGCCCAGGCCAAUGCCAACCCAGAGCAAACCUCUGCCAGCGAGGCCAAGGAUGGAGAAGAUAAGCCCACCCCUAUGGAGACGGAGUCUCUGGCUGAAGCUUCUGAAGGAUCUCAGGAGGCUGAGCAAGGCACCCCGGCUGCAGCCGGAGACAAACCGGCCCAACCUGAGCCUGCAGAGGGCGCUACAGAUGAGGGCACCAGCGACAGCACUGCUCCGUCUGAGAGCAGCUCUGGACCCCCAGCAGAACCCCAGGCCUCAGACACCCCUGAAGAGCGGCUGCCAACCCAGCCUCAAUAACCCCUAACCUUCAUGUUCAUUUAAGUCUCACUUCACUCUGUGUAAAGUCAUUUGACCUUUAGGAUUUGUAAUCCUAUGACCUGCCAGUCAGUGAGUGAGAACAGUGAAAAAUUGCUUACCCGUUCCUGAAUGUUCCACAGUGAAAUGUUUUGGAAGGACAGCAGAACCUUAUUUGGCGCUCUACACACAUUCAUUCAGGCGCAUCUUGUUUAUUUGAUCUAACUCUUGUGUUACAAGCCCACUUGAGUACUGUCAAGCUUUAUGGCCAUUAAAAAGCAGUUUUAUCAUUGUAAAGUGGGCGAAUGUUGAGUAAAAUGUAACACUUGCGUCUUACAUUCAAGUGCAAGGCUGUUUGCUGUCGCUUACCAUGUUUUAUCUACCUGUGGCACGAUUAUUUUACUAUAUCUUUGUUUCAUCCUUUCACAGUUUAGUUGAGUAGUCUGUGGGUUGUACCCCCCCGCCCCCAUCCUAGUUUUUUUCCCCCCCUUAUUUUUUUUGUACUUAAAAUAAAGCCAUGCUAACACUUAUGAUUUUCCAUUGCAACAGAUUGACCACACAGAACAGAUAUCUUCAUGGAAUGGUAUUACAUUAAGCCUCUGGAUUAUUGUGUUUUUGUAUUGUUGGAAGGUAUUCCCUCAAUAAAGUGAUUUCUAUGUCUGUUUUAAA